UGUAAUCCAUGCAGAAUGAUGCCACAGUGCUUGGUCUAGGACUUGCUCCAGCAUAUCAGACGCUUUCCCUAUAUUCGUGUCUGCGCUGGCUCUGGUUACUCAAACUGGCGCGUGAUUCACAUACCGGAUACUGUCUCUGAUAACCAGUGGAGAGCAGAGCCGCAUGGUGAACGGGAAAGAUAAAGGCCUAGAAGGGAGGGGGAGUUGCGAGAGCGUGCAGCAGGCUGGAUGUAUCCGCGGCGCAUUUACGCAUACCAUACCGUCACCCGAGAAUCUCCUGCAGAAACACCCUUAGCGGGUUGCAAGGGUGGUAAUGUCGCCACCAUACACCUUCCGAAUCACCGAAGUGAAGCAGAAUCCGAACGUGAAAAAACGAUUUGAUUGUAACGGCAAACUGGUUGUGCACACCGCUCCAGAAACGCAUGAAAUAGUCCGAGCAGGGGUCACAGGAAAACUUUGGCAUUGCGACUCGCAAAACAUCCACCAAAUUAGUCAGUUUCCUCCAGGCUCAGCAGUAUACAAGACGUUUUCUGUUUACUAUGUUGGAGGAGAUGGUUUUUGGGUAUUGAAAGGAGACGCUCUCGCUCCGCCGCGUGACGACGUCUGGCAUCCUCUGCGCUUCGACCACUCGACCACGGAUUGGUCCUCGUUCUUGACCAACGCCGGCGGGGAGUCCACAUUGCGUUGCCAACGAAACGACCAAUCAUGGCCGAGUCUACUGUUGCCAGACAUCUACCACACCCCGAAGAUCGUGUCUCAAGAAGGCUGGGGUGGACUCACUGGCGAACUGCCCAUCUUCCUGGCACUGCUAGCACAUUCGACCUCCCUAGACUACCUACCGCUUGUGCUCCCACACAUGUUUAUUAAUGGAUCCUGGAUUCCUCAUAAUCACAAUUUUAAGCGCACCGACCAACGCGGCGUUGUCGUCACCGUGUAUACAUGCCCCAGGAGCCGGACAGGAGGACCUACGAGCAUCGACCUUGCCCAGUACGAGCAAGGGGAUCCAGUGAAAUACUUCCCCUGAAUGGCUCGACGUUGGUAAAUCGCUCGCCUAACGAUCAUACCGUGCUCUUCGCUUUCCAUGCAUUUCUGUUCCUACCAAAAUACGUUUCCCCGUUCCUAAAUUGUACGCUCCACGCCCCCGCUCGUUCACGAUGCGCAUUUCCUUGUCGCGUCUCUGCCUGCUCUU